AUGCAGUACAACAAGGCUUGCAAAUUGGCUGACCAGUUGGAGAAGUUGAGUUUGCGCGGCGAUCGAAUGCACCAAACCAACGGCGUCAGCGGGCUUUCUGCGGUGGAAAGUGAAGUUCAUUCCGCGGCUACCAAGGAACAAAUGGUCCAGGUGAUUGUGGAGACGGAACAGCGAAGUCAGGACGUCCGCCGGAACUUUUUGUCGCUGUGCAACAAUGUCGUGACUCCCCGAGAUGUUUUCUCUACACCGCGGCGGAAGCUGGCACCUCCUACACCAUCCGAUUCAUCCGUAUCGUUCAAGGAAACCCCAGUUAAAUCAGGGUCAAAACUGUUCACGCUCGCAGAAGCCAUGGCACCGAAGGAGGAGCCUGCCAAGCUUGUACAAACUCCCCAGCCGACAAAGCCUAGUGUUGGUGUAGGCAAGGCACCGCAGCGACCAAGUCUGGGAGCCCCCGCUGCAGAAGCGAAGCCCGCAACGACAUCUACUGCUGCUGCUGCACCAAAGACUAACGUGUUCAGCUUCCCGAAGUCGUCGAGUGGCAGUGCGACUGCGUUUGGUGCCUCAGCGGCGAAGGAAAGUGACAAGAGCGCUGCAUUAACUACGUCAGCGUUUGGCGGAUUUGGAGCGCCUGCAUCAUCGUCCGCCUUCAGCUUCGGAUCCAAGGACUCGAAGAGUACGGAUCAGCCCGCUUCGUCUACUGCUGCUACAACAGACUACAAGGCGCUUUUGGAGAAGUUUUACAAAGUGCACAACCCGUCCAAGAGUGGCAGCGUGAUUGAGAAGGCUUUGACAACGUACAAGGGCAGGGAGGAAGACCUGUUCACUCGGCUGUUCACGAUGUACGUCCCCGAUUCGACACCCGAAAAUGUCAAGAAGUAUUUACAUGGAGGACCAGUUCCCCCCAAGUCCACAUCGGCGCCAGCCGCCUCGAAGUCCCCGGCGCCAGCUCCCACGGCGUCUAAGAGUCCUUUCAGCGGUUUUGCAACGCCAGCUACUGCUCAGAAGGAUGGUGCCGCCAAGCCUAGUCCGUUUGGCGCGUCUCCUUCAGCCUUUAGCCUUGGCCCUGCAGCAAACAAGUCCACAGGUUUUGGUGCGUUUGGAUCCACAGCGACCAGCUCUUCCACGACCGCGACAACUACUGCGACAGCAUCUCCUUUCGGCAAACCUGCUGUCGACUACCGCCAGAAGCUGGUAGAAUUCUACCAAAAGCACAACCCGGACAAGCUCAGCAGUGUGGAUGCCACGCUUCAGAAGUACAAGGGAAAUGAGGAGAAGCUCUUCCAGAACCUGGCUGUCAAGUACAAGCUGAACGACGCGAGCGGAGGCAUCUCCCCCACUCCUGGUGCCUCUCCAUUUGGUGCGCCGAAGCCAACUCCCGCUGCGUCCCCGUUUGGUGCCGCUACUCAAACGUCCAGCGGCUUCGGAUCUGCUAGUGGAAGCGGAUUUGGCGGUGGCUUCCAGUCGAGUGCUCCUACGACCCCGGCGUUCGGUGCCCCCUCUCCUUUCGGUGCCGCAAGCAGCGGCUUUGGAGCUGCGGCAGGUGGCGUGAACUACCGCGAGAAGCUCACGGCGUUCUACCAGCAGCACAACCCAGCGAAGCUGAGCUCCGUGGACGCGACACUGGAGAAGUACAAGGGCCGCGAAGACCACCUCUUCUCGAUGCUGGAGCAGAACACCUCGUCGUUCGGUGGAGGCAGCGGCUUUGGCGCGCCGUCGGCCUUGGGAUCUGCUAGUGCCGCCCCUGCGUUUGGAUCAGCCUCGACUCUAGGCGGAGCCGCUCAGCCGGCUUUCGGUGGAGCUGCAGGCUCUGGCUUCGGCAUGGCGUCGCGUAUGGGCGGAGGCGGCGGGUUUGGCGCGGCCGCCGCUGCUGCUCCUAGUGGAGGAGCCGCCGGAUCGGGCUUCAGUGCCUUCAGCUCCCAGACACCGACGUUUGGUGGUGCCGCACCGCAGCCCGGAGGUUUUGGAGCCGCUGCCAACAGCGGAGGGUUCGGCUCGGGCUUCGGAGGUGGCGCUGCCACCGGCGGCUUUGGCCAGCCUGCCGCGUUCAACAGCUCCAGCUUCACCCAGAUGCGGUGA